GGUCCGUGCUGCGUGCUGGCUUGGACGACCGCUGUGUUCGCUCGGCUUUGCGCUGGGUCGGACAUCUCCAGCCUCGCUGGACAGAGCGGCCGCCGGAGACCGGCCCGGCGGUGCUUGUCGGCUUGAUGUUGGCCCCGGAAAACCUGGAGCGCCUGGUGGACCGAGGGCCAUCCGCCCAGGAUGCCGCAGCGACGAAGUUUCGUCAGCUGUGGGGUACCGAGAAGAGCGAGCUGCGGCGCUUCAAGGACGGGAGCAUCCUGGAGUGCGUGGUUUGGCAGAAGCCUCCGGCGGAGAGGAAGAUGGAGACUCGAAAGCAGCCGGCCGUGGUGACGCAGAUCGUGCAACAUCUGCUCACGCGGCAUCUGCCAUCUCAGCUGGCACCGAAGACGGACAUUAUCUCGGGACCUACCGGCUUCGUGCCGAACCUCGCCGAGAAGGACCGUCGACUGUGGGCUGCCUUCGAGACCUUUCGCACGCACCUCUGCCAGCUGAGCUCCCUUCCGCUCGCUGUGAAGGACAUCCACCCGGUGGAUGCCUCCUUCAGCUACAUGUCGAUCCAGUCCACCAUUGCGCCCCCAGCGCCAUCGGGCAGCGAUGCCAAGCUGCGGCGGACGCUUUUGGAGACCGUGCUGGAGUUCGAAUCCUCUGGGCGAUGGCCGUCAGAGCCGGCCCCUGCGCAGAAAGUUGGAGCCGCACUGCUGCUGCAGAUUCGAGAGGAGCUUUCGACAGACCUGGGCAUCGAAGCGGAUGCCACCGAGGGCUUUCUGGAUGUGCGCUACCCGGAGACGGUGUUCCGUCUGCGCAUCUUCCACCCCCAUGAGCUGCAAGAGGUGGCCAACAAGGUCACCGGACUACAGGCUCAGACCACUGCAGCGCCCGGCGAGGCGGAGCUGGAAAGACUCCGCACUCUCUGGUGGCGGCCACGGCUGCGUGCCUCUUUGCAUGCCCAUGCGCUACAAAAGCCAGCGAUGGCUGGGGCGGCCCGGCUCUUCAAGCGCUGGAUGGCCUCGCAGAUGAUGUCGGGAUACGACGAGUUCUGCGAGCACUUGGUGUCCGCAGUUUUCCUUCAUCCGGCGCCCUUCGAUGCGCCAAGCAGCCCUCAUGUCGGAUUCUGCCGCGCCCUCUGGCUGCUGGAUACCUUCGACUGGCAGCGGGAAGCGCUCAUCAUCGAUAUCGAUGGAAAGCUCACGGAGGAGGAGCGCUUGGGCCUCAGGCAGUCUUUUGAGAACCGCCUGGACGCUGCGCAGAAAGAUGCCCGCCUCAUCCGCUUCUGGGUCUCCACCCGCCUCGAUCCCCACGCGCUGCUUUUGGCUACGCCGCCGUCCACCGUGGCCGGUUGGCUGAG